CCUCCUGCAUUUCCAGGGCAUCUCAGGUCUGCAGAACCUUGCAGGCCGCGUGAGCAGCGACCUGGGCCAGGAUGCUAAAGCCAGGGGCUUGCAGCCCCCUCCCACCACAGCCCUCUGGGGUCUUAUGUUCCAGCUCCCCUGGGCUAUAGAGCCUGUCCCAAGCCCCUUGGCAGGGACAGGCCUAGCUCUGGGCUACUCUGCCCGAGACACCAGCUCUGCGGUCUUGGACAAGGAUGCUGUGUUCCCGGCCCCCGCUGCACCCCAGGCCUCUCGUGCACCAGGAGGAAGCAAAGGGCUGGUCCCAGGGAAAUUCUCCUCCUGGCCUUGCACCAGCCUCUGAGCUACCCAGGCUGAAAACAGUUAUCUGUGCCCCGCUCCCAGCCUUUUGUCUUGAAAUCCUACAGCUGUGCAAGCCCAUUGUAGCCUUUUGUCUUGAAAUCCUACAGCUGUGCAAGCCCAUUGUCCCACCCUCCGUAAAGUACCUGAAGGAGGGGAUAACACUACUCCUAGGCAGCUGGGGCUAAUUGCAGCUAAUUGCAAUGGGAGCUGCAUGUGUGCCCCCUGUUUAACCCCCAGCUUCUGCUUUUAGCUCCCACAGGGCUGGGGAGGGGGAAGUGAAUACCCUUUUCUCCCCCCACCCCCAGGUGCAGAGGGGUGAAGCCCAGCACUGCCUGCCAGCACAAGUCAGCUGCGGAGCAGCCCCGGGCAUGACCCAGGAGGGCUCUGCUACCCCUCGCACCAGCCCCAUGUCCUGGUGGAGGUGCCCUGACCCUGGGGGGGCUCAGCCCACCCCCAUCCCAGACCCCCAGGUAACAGGGCACUCGCCCACGCCCCUUUCCUUCUACAGGGGGUCACCAGGGCACCCCGCCAAGCACCACCCUGGGGGCCCUGCCCCCAGGAAUUAACCCCUUGUUGCCCGAAGCAGACCUCGGGGCUCCAAGGAGGGAAGCGGGGUGGGGGUUGCAAAGGAGCAAAAUCCAACCCCGCAGCAUGCAUCCAAGGGGCUGGGACCCCCCUCAGCGCGGCCUCCCCCCCGGGGGGUGCUGCAGAGCCCCUCUUUGUCCCGGGGGAGGGAUACAGCGCCCCCGCCCCCCCGCCAAGCGGCAGGUGGCUCACGCAUGCCCCCGCUCCCCGGGCGCGGUUGGCUGGCGGGGGGGGCGCGGGGCCGGCGAUUGGCUGCGGCGGGGGGGGGCGGGGAGCGGCCGCUGGUGCAGAGCCCGGAGCCGCCGCCGCCGCCGCCGCGUCCCCGCGCCCAGGCCCGAGCAUGGGCACGGUGCUGUCGCUGUCCCCCGCCGCCGGGGCCAAGGGCGGCGGGGGGGGCCCGCGCCCGGCCGAGAGCCGGCUCAAGCGGCCGCGGGUGCUGCUGUCGGCGCUGACCUGGAAGCGCCUGGUGGCCGCCUCGGCCAAGAAGAAGAAGAGCGCCAAGAAGGUGAGCCCCAAGCCGGGCCCGGGCCCCGACCCCGUGCAGCUCCGCAACCACGAGAACCUGCGGCGCUCGCUGGGCGAGGCCGGCGCCAAGCCCGAGCCCGCCGGCAAGGCCGGCUCGCCGCGCCGGGUCGUGGUGCAGGCGUCCACGGGCGAGCUGCUGCGCUGCCUCGGCGACUUCGUGGUGCGGCGCUGCUACCGCCUGAAGGAGCUGAGCCCCGGCGAGCCGGCCGCCUGGUUCCGCGCCGUGGACCGCGCCCUGCUGCUGCAGGGCUGGCAGGAGCAGGGCUUCAUCACGCCGGCCAACCUGGUCUUCGUCUACCUGCUGUGCCGGGAGGCGCUGCGCGGCGACGAGCUGGGCAGCGCGGCCGAGCUGCAGGCCGCCUUCCUCACCUGCCUCUACCUGGCCUACUCCUACCUGGGCAACGAGAUCUCCUACCCGCUCAAGCCCUUCCUGGCCGAGGAGGACAAGGAGCGGUUCUGGGCGCGCUGCCUGGGCCUCAUCCAGCGUCUGAGCGGGCCCAUGCUGCGCAUCAACGCCGACCCGCACUUCUUCACGCAGGUCUUCCAGGAGCUCAAGAGCGAGGGCGACGCGGCCGCCCCCCCGGCCAGGGACUCCGCGGAGCGCGGCUGGACUAUCAGCCUGGACCGCUGAGGGCCCCGGGCCGGGAGCCCGGCGCCCGGAGGGGGAGAGGAGGAUCCCCCCCAGAGACCCGGGGAGCUCAGCCCGGGCCCCCGCUCCGGCACCGCCUGCCCCGGAGGUGCAGAGGAGGACCCCCCCACCACCCAGAGACCCGGAGCUCAGCGCCCCGCCCUGCUCCCUUGUGCAGCACCGCCUGGUCCGGACGCGGAGGGGAGAAUACCCCCCCAACCCCCCCCCAGACACAGGGAGCUCAGCUCGCCCCCCCUCCCAGCACCAUCUGGCCCGGAGCUGGUGAGGAGAAUCCCCCCCAUAGACCCGGGGAGCUCGGCCCAGCCCCCCCUUAUCCCCCUUGUCCAGCAUAGAGGUGGAGAGGACUAUCCCCCCUCUGCCCCCGUAGACGCGGGGAGCUCAGGCGGGGCCCCUCCAUCCCUGCCCCCUUGUCUAGCAGCAGAGGCGGAGAGGAGAAUCCCCCCCCCCCAAAAAAAGGAAAAAGACCCGGGGAGCCCCCCUCCCCGCCCCCUAGUCCAGUACGGGAGGGCGAGAGGCGAUCCCCCUCGCCCCUAGACCCCGUCCGCCCGCGGCUCCCCGAGCUGACGGGCCGCGCGGUGCAUGUCCGAGCCAGGCGGGCGGCGGGCGGAGAAGCAGUAUUCCCGGGGGGCAGCCCCCAAGCCAGGCGGGGCUCGGCGCUGUGCAGGGUGCCCCGCCGGGGGGUGGGGGGGGCUGGACGUGCCAACGUUGCUCAAUGUACAAAGGGAAGCGCGAGAGAAGCCGCCGCCGCUUGUUUGAUGCCGGAUAAAGGUACCGAGACAGCAGA